GAGAAGCCUGUUGAGAGUCGUAAAUUGGCAGGCUUGAUCCUAAAAAAUGCCUUGGAUGCCAAAGAACAGCAUCGCAAGUCUAAACUUGUUCAAAGAUGGUUGACCUUGGAUGUGUCUGCAAAAGCCCAGAUCAAAGCGUUCUUGUUACAGACACUUUCAUCUCCUGCUCAUGAAGCUAGAUCUACUGCAUCUCAAGUCAUAGCAAAGGUAGCAGGUAUUGAAUUGCCGCAUCAACAAUGGCCUGAGCUAUUAGGGGCUCUCUUGUCAAAUAUUCAUCAGCUUCCAGCCCAUACCCAUACCAAGCAGGCCACACUUAAAACUCUUGGCUACAUUUGUGAAGAAGUGUCCCCAGAAAUGGUGGAGCAGGGCCAUGUAAAUGGGAUACUUACAGCUGUUGUCCAAGGUAUGAACUCUUCCGAGGACUUGAAUAUUCGUCAGUCAGCUUUUGAGUGUUUGGUUGCAAUUUCUUCAACAUACUAUGAUAGAUUGGAUCCUUAUAUGAAAGAUAUUUUGGACAUCACUGCAAGAGCUAUGGAAGAAAAUGAGGAGCCUGUUGCUCUUCAAGCCAUUGAGUUUUGGAGUUCAAUCUGUGAUGAAGAGUUUAAUAGAUCGACAGCUAAGAUUACUUGUUCUAACUUCAUCCGAAAGGAACUCCCUGUUCUUGUUCGCAGUUUGGUGGGGACCUUGCCGAGGCAAGAGGAGGAUCAGGAUCAAGGUGAAUGGGCUCGGAAUAUUGCAAUGGCUAGACGCACAUGCUUGCAGUUGGUAAUGCGGACUGUUGGAGAUGUUCUUCGCCAAGAUGUGGUGAUUUUGUUGGCUCUGGGAAGGAGGACCUGAUGGGAGUGAGGAGAGCAGUCGAUGAUGCAUAUGGUUUUAUUUUGGUAGGAGUCGGUGUAGUUCACGAGGUAUAAGAAACCAUUUCUUCGAGCUCUGUGUUGUAUUAGGGUGUGUUUUGGAACUUGAAUUUGAAUUUGAUGGGUGUAAUUAAAAUACAUGUAUUUUAAAAUACAUUGUUUGGAUUGAA